AUGCAAACUCCACUCAGAAAGGCCCUUGUCCGGCCGGGAUUCGAACCAAGGACCUUCUUGCUGAGAGGCGAGAGUGCUAUCGACUCAGCCACCGUGCCUGAGUGGAUAGCACGGUGGCUGGUGUUACCGUGUGGUUGUUACCGUGUGGUUGGUGUUACCGUGUGGUUGGUGUUACAGUGUGGUUGGUGUUACAGUGUGGUUGGUGUUACAGUGUGGUUGUUACCGUGUGGUUGGUGUUACAGUGUGGUUGUUACCGUGUGGUUGGUGUUACCGUGUGGUUGGUGUUACCGUGUGGUUGUUACCGUGUGGUUGUUACAGUGUGGUUGGUGUUACAGUGUGGUUGUUACAGUGCGGUUGGUGUUACAGUGUGGUUGGUGUUACCGUGUGGUUGUUACAGUGUGGUUGGUGUUACCGUGUGGUUGGUGUUACCGUGUGGUUGGUGUUACCGUGUGGUUGGUGUUACCGUGUGGUUGGUGUUACCGUGUGGUUGUUACAGUGUGGUUGUUACAGUGCGGUUGGUGUUACAGUGUGGUUGGUGUUACAGUGUGGUUGGUACCGUGUGGUUGUUACAGUGUGGUUGGUGUUACCGUGUGGUUGUUACAGUGUGGUUGGUGUUACCGUGUGGUUGGUGUUACAGUGUGGUUGGUGUUACCGUGUGGUUGGUGUUACCGUGUGGUGUGUUACAGUGUGGUUGUUACCGUGUGGUUGGUGUUACAGUGUGGUUGUUACAGUGUGGUUGGUGUUACCGUGUGGUUGUUACAGUGUGGUUGGUGUUACCGUGUGGUUGUUACAGUGUGGUUGGUGUUACCGUGUGGUUGGUGUUACAGUGUGGUUGUUACAGUGUGGUUGGUGUUACCGUGUGGUUGGUGUUACAGUGUGGUUGGUGUUACCGUGUGGUUGGUGUUACCGUGUGGUUGUUACAGUUUGGUUGGUGUUACCGUGUGGUUGUUACAGUGUGGUUGGUGUUACCGUGUGGUUGGUGUUACAGUGUGGUUGUUACAGUGUGGUUGGUGUUACCGUGUGGUUGGUGUUACAGUGUGGUUGGUGUUACCGUGUGGUUGGUGUUACAGUGUGGUUGGUGUUACAGUGUGGUUGUUACAGUGUGGUUGUUACAGUGUGGUUGGUGUUACCGUGUGGUUGGUGUUACAGUGUGGUUGGUGUUACAGUGUGGUUGGUGUUACCGUGUGGUUGGUGUUACAGUGUGGUUGGUGUUACCGUGUGGUUGGUGUUACAGUGUGGUUGGUGUUACAGUGUGGUUGUUACAGUGCGGUUGGUGUUACCGUGUGGUUGGUGUUACUGUGUGGUUGGUGUUACAGUGUGGUUGUUACAGUGUGGUUGUUACCAUGUGGUUGGUAG